CCUACUCACAGCACGACAGAGGAAAUGGGUAAUCCGACUACAAACGCACGGCUCCCAUUCGACUCUAUGGCAGUACAUUACUGAUAACAGAAGGUUCACGCAGUGCAUAUGCAAGCAUGAUAAGCUAUCACAAUCCCGCGGAGAGCAGUCGCUGCUGGUCAGAUAACGUGCGGGGAAGCACAGGAAACGAACGGAUGGAGGAAGUCGUUCCAUCUUGUAAUGGUCUUUCUUUGUAAAUACACGUAUAUCAAUACGGACGUGGCUGACAUUGUAACCGAGAAAGAAAGCAAGUACGCUGAUAAAGAUAACCUACGCUUCCCUUAAUUAAUGGAACCACAAUAUUUGGAUUCUGAGAGUGAGAGGACGUUCUGUGUUGAAGUGGAUGUUGCCGUAAGCCACUUCUGCUGCUCAGGAGCUCUGCACGCUCGUGGAAAGGGGGUGUUAUGAGGAACGGGUUAUACAGCAACUGAUGAUAGACGCUCAAUUAGCUUGCGUGUGAGAGGCAGCUGCGUUAUACAUGUGGGGCCAACUCGACACUAAAAAUUCUCUUGGUGAACACACCGUUUAUGAAUUACAUAUUCAGAGGCCCGCUGUGUAACGGCUGGAAACGUUCGUCUCAGACAGCGCACGUUUCACCUGAAUGGGAUAAACGGCUGGGCACGCUGUAAAAAUACUCCCUUGACGAUACGACAUUACCGACUUCCCAGCAUCGGCGAAAGACAACCUCGCCAGCAACACGACAGUGCAGUCGACGGCCAAAGGGAGAAUAUCGCCUGUACUGGCAGUAGACAUGGACAAGAUGACGAGAUACAGACAAUGGAUGUGGGUAGGGAUAACGCUAAGUUUACUAUCAACGAUGUGCACUAUGCAAGCCUCUGCCCAAGAUGCCCAAAAUUUAGAUGACAAUCCAUGCUCGGAGGCAAGCAGUUGCGGCGACUGCAUCUCAUUGGAUCCAAGGUGUGCCUGGUGUGAGGAUCAGGGCUAUGCGGAGGAGACCAAUUAUCCGAGGUGCGAUUUAAUCACCAGCUUGACGAACAACAGUCUGUGCCAAGAUAUAGCAUUCCCACAAACCGCUGUAGCGGUAGAACAGAACGAUCCUUUGAGCGACGCUGGGGAAGGUCCGUCAACGGAGGCCGUGCAAGUAGCGCCCCAGAGGAUAAAGUUGAAAUUACGACCGAAGGAAACAGCCAAUCUGAGAGUAUCUGUUCGACAAGCACGAGACUAUCCUGUGGAUCUAUACUACGUCAUGGAUCUGAGCCGGUCUAUGCAAGAUGACUUGGAUAACCUGAAAGACCUGGCCAAAAUUUUAGCGCAAGAAAUGGGGAACAUUACGAGGAAUUUUCGUCUGGGUUUCGGCUCCUUCGUCGAGAAAACGGUGGCGCCUUUCAUCAACACAGCACCAGAAAGUCUUCAGCAGCCAUGUCCUGGAUGUGAGGCUCCCUAUAACUUCAGAAAUCAUCUUCCUUUGGACGUGAACACGGACUUAUUCUCGGUAAAAGUCAACGAGACAUCUGUCUCUGGUAACUUGGAUCGCCCCGAGGCUGGCCUUGACGCCCUCAUGCAGGUCACAGUAUGCAAAGAUCAGAUUGGUUGGCUGCCCAGAGCUAGGCAUAUCGUAGUCUACACCAGCGAUGACGCCUUCCAUUUUGCAGGUGAUGGAAAGCUCGGCGGCGUAGUCCAACCAAACAACGGGGAGUGUCACCUCGAUCCAGUCACGGGCUACAACACCAAAGCUAAUGAAUAUGAUUACCCUUCAAUUGGGCAUCUCAACUUCAGGAUGCGAGAGCAAAACGUCAUCCCGAUUUUUGCAGUAACAUCCACUAAUGUCCAUUUAUACCAGAAUCUGGCUCAUUUUAUCGAGGGGUCCACAGUUGGGACACUGGCCGUCGAUUCUUCAAAUGUCGUCGACCUGAUCAAGGAUAACUACGCGACAAUCACCUCGCGAGUGGAGAUUGUGGACAAUGCGCCGGAGAACCUCGCCGUGAGGUACGUCUCCCGGUGUCUGAACGAGGCACCACGUCCGGACUCCAGAGUGUGUACCGGGCUACGGCUUGGUGAGACGGUUAGCUUUGAUGUCAGCGUGGAGGCCACGGGUUGCCCGGAAACCGAAAUCCAAAAGUUCUCCAUUCGCCCAAUUGGAUUCGACGAAUCUGUUGAGAUUAUAGUUGAGGUUGCAUGCAACUGCGAGUGUGAGGCAUUUGGGAUACCCAACAGCGAGUACUGUACCAACGGUAAUGGGACGCUUUCGUGUGGCCAGUGCGCGUGCAAUGCCGGCCGCUACGGCAAGUUGUGCGAGUGUAGUGGCAUGGAGGACGCGGGAACGUUCUUCAGAGAUAAGAACGAAAACACCGCCUCGUGCAGAGCGAACGCCAAUGCGACCUCCUCGGUCGUCUGCUCGGGCCGAGGGGAGUGCAUAUGUGGAGAAUGUGUCUGUUUUGAGCGGCAAAAUGCAAACGAAAUCAUUUCAGGGCGGCACUGCGAAUGCGACAAUUUUUCAUGCGAAAGACACAAUUCAGAAUUAUGUGGAGGACUAGAUCGAGGUGAGUGCGUAUGCGAUGAAAAGAGGCGUCGCAGUGCCUGCAAGUGUCGACCAGGCUACGUUGGUAACGCUUGCGGCUGCUCCACGUCCACAACUGCCUGUCUGGCGUCCAAUGGGCUUAUUUGCAACGGGAGAGGACGUUGCAAUUGCAACGAAUGUACAUGUGACUCGCCCUUCCAAGGAGAUACGUGUGAAGUGUGUAAGACGUGUAUCGGGAAGUGCUCGUCCUACCGACCCUGUGUUGAGUGCCAGGUCUACGGCGUGGACAUCUCUCCCGCGGAAUGCAGCAAGUGUAAUGUGGCUGUGGUGAUCGAGAAAGAAUUACCAACGGUAAACGGGUCCAGUCCGUGUGUGUUUCCUGUGCCCGAAGGGAGCAACAACUGUUCUUUGACGUACAGCUUCGUGUACGAGACUCUCAACAACGGCACCAUACUUGUCCACUUCGAAGAACCCAAAGAGUGUACCGGAGGUGACGGUGGUGGCAGCGGCACAGAUGGCAAAGGUCCUAUCAUAGAGAAAGAUGCUUCCGGAAGCGAGAUUUUAAUCUUCGUCGUCAGUACCGUAGCUGUCAUUGUCUUGAUCGGCAUUCUUCUCUUGGCUCUUCUCAAAGCCGUCAAUGUCGUGCGGGACAAAAGGGAGUACGAUCGCUUCCAGAAGGAGCAAAAAAACGCCGUCUGGGAGCAGGCGCAAAAUCCCAUCUACAAACAAGCAACGUCGACCUUCAUCAACCCAACCUACGGAAAGUAGCACCAGUCAAGGGAGAGAUGGUCAUUUCCAAACUCAUCGGCUUCGUCUCGAGUUCGACUUCAGCUUAUUUAGAAGCCUUUGGUGUCCAAGUAAGAUGAAGCAAUCUGAAUGCAUCUUUAAGUCUCUCAUUGGUGGGUCUGCUUUUCCUACCUGAGAAAACGCAAAGUUUGUCAACUAGUGCGCGUUUUCCAAUGUGAGGUCAUCCAUUAAAGUCAUGUGACACAGCGCGAGUAAUACUGAUAUCUAAAUAUCCAACAACUAUUUUAUUCAAUAAAUUAAAGUAAGUGUUUUUGCCUCUGGUUUUCGAAAUUCAUUCGUACAGUACUUUGAAACUGCAGUUUGUCCUUUGCUUGUGUUCUAUACCUCGAUGACAAUUUAUGUUGUUCUUAAAUCAAUACCGCCCUCUUUUGUUUAGCAGUAGUAUGUAUCGUGCGAUCAGUAGGCAUUGUAAACGUAAUCCUAUGAUCUGGGCUGUAUUUGUUUCCAGAUGCUAUUGCAUCUUUUAAGUUAUGACGCCCUCUGUCAAGCCGAGCAAGAACGCUGUGCACAAAAAAAAUAACUGAUAAUUGGAGUGGAUUGGAGAGAGGCGGCCGACUAAAUAACUCGAUUAAUCAGUUCUUGUAAUUGCCAGAACUGUGAUAUUAGCAGGGGACGCCGUGGUGCGUUCGAGCGAGCUACUCGUGUUAACAGGAGUAUACUCACGAGCGCUCGAACGGCUGGAGUAUGACCUGCAGGUCAGCAAGAGUAUAUUCUUUCGUUAGAGAGGGAGUUUGCACUCAUGCACCCACGUGUAAUGCGCACGCAUCUUACUUGUGUUGACAGGAGUAACCGUGCGAACGCACCAUGUGAUUGUAAAUAGCUUUAGACAGAGUCGACCAAAGUGCUGAAUGCUAUAUAUUUUGAAUAUGAAAUUCAAGUGUAGAUAAACGCAGAUGUAUGAUAAUUUCUUACACCGAACACCUAAUAAUGACGUCAGUAUUUUCAGACGGAUUAUCCGGAAUUAAAUGUGGCCACGUGCCGUGAUCAUUGUGAGCGAUGCACCAUCUUGCACUCUCUGGUAGUUCGAGGAGUGCAGUCUCCUUGUGAACCUUGGGGGCGGGCGGGCAGGGAAUGGGAACAUUGCCUUCGUCGUACUCCUUGGCGGUCAAAUUUUGGCACAUGGCAACGAGGAUACGCAUACAUAAAUUGCGAAAUGGAGAAGAUUUUAACGUCUCUUCUAAACCCACUCCGUCGUUUCCGGCUACGGUAUGUCGUCAGAAUCACAAGGCUGAAUAAGAUAGUCUAUAGUUCUAGGCACGGAAUCGAUGUGUCGAUGUAAAUAAUUGACAUUAAAAUGCCAAACUUGCUUUUAAACUUUUAAAAGUUGGGACUUUCUAACGACGAGAGUUUAAUGUGCUCGUGUGUGCAGGUUGUUUUAUCGUUUCUUUGAUCUGAGUGUCUGUUUUUGUCUUUCUUUCUGAUCUUGUGUUUAAAGGCUGAUUAUGUGAAAUUAGCUGCCUUGUGUGAUAUGCAGGGAUUUUCCAGAAAAAUGGAUAAGUGUUUCAUGAGCCAGUGAUGUGUCUGCAAAAUCGUAAAUGCCCAAAAGACAGCCGGUUACAGUCACGUGACUAAAAAGGGUCUAUUUCAUUGAUUCAUAAUUUGUGUUCUGCACAGAGGGUUAAUGUCGUGUUUUAGUGGUGGACUUUGUGUGUGAAACGAACAAAGGCGACGAGAUACCCUCAUGGAGGAAGCGUGAUGGUAAUUGAUGAGCUGGAUUGAAAUAUUUGCAUAGUAGUCGUCGUUGAUGAAGAGAUGCGGCUUUCAGUUGCAAAGCGAAAAAGACAAAAAUUGAGAUAGGCGAUUAUUUUGUUGUAUCAUUCACUUUCUAGUGCUGAGUUUUAACUUAUACUUGGAUAAGUACAUAUUUAUCAAUACACAUGCUUAAUUUCUAAUCCUUUACAAUUCUACAGUAGUUUAAAUAGCUUUAAUUGAUCAUUUAAAACUUGCCAUUUCGUAUUUUAUAGAUUUUUGUACUGUGUAGACGACAAUAUAAUUAAAGAGGCUAAAACUGUAAUUAA